UGAGCUUCCAGAUGGCAGGACACAGAUGCCCACCACUGAAAGGGUGACUUUGACAAGAUGCUUCUAUCUCUUCCCAGGACACUGAAAAAAAACUUUAAGAAAAAUCCAUUUAAGAUGGCAGAAGUUGUGGGCAAAAAUAUCCUCACUGGUUUUUUGGAAAAUUUGGUACAAAACAAUAAGGUGAAACUUGAGGAACAGGACAAGGAAACAUUUAACAAUGCUGAGUGGAGAGAUAAACGUUGGGUCUUUGUGGACGCUUUGCAGCGGAACCCUGAUAUUAUUACACGUCAAGUGCUAAGAGAAACAAUCCUUAAAGAGAAGCCAAAAGGCAAUGAUGUCAACGUUCAUCCUAUCACCGAGACUAAACCAGCUGAGUCAGCAGAGCCUGAUGUCCUCCAGCUUUGUCCCCGUGAGAAAUUCCUGAGACUCAGUGCAGAAAUGGCAGAUGAGAUCUAUCCAAUAAAGGAAAGAACUGAUCGCACACGCCAAGCUCUCAUUAUAUGUAAUAUAAUGUUUGACCACCAUUCUCUGAGGUACGGUGCGGAAAUUGACAUCAGAGGAAUGGAAGGGCUGCUUAAGGACCUGGGCUAUACUGUGACUGUAAAAAGGAACCUUAAAGCCAAGGAUAUGGAGUCAUUGCUGAGAGCUUUUGCUGACAGACCAGAGCACAGCAACUCAGACAGCACAUUCUUGGUGCUGAUGUCUCAUGGCACCCCACAUGGAAUCUGUGGAACUAUGGAUAGCAAGGAAACCCCAGAUGUGUUAUUUUAUGACACCAUCUAUCAGAUAUUCAACACCUGCAACUGCCGUGGUCUAAGAGACAAACCCAAGGUCAUCAUCGUGCAGGCCUGCAGAGGUGGAAACAGUGGAGGAGUGUGGCUCAGAGAUUCACCAGCAGCCCUGGCAGACAGCUUUUCCGUGUCACAGAACCUGGAGGAAGAUGCUGUUUCCCUGAGACACAAGGAGAAGGACUUCAUUGCUUUUUUCUCUUCAACACCAAAUAACUUGUCCUAUAGAGAUCCCAUGAGCGGCUCCCCGUUCAUCACUGAGCUCAUCCGAUGCUUCCAGAAAUAUUCCUGCUCCUGUCACAUAGUGCAAAUAUUUCGAAAGAUCCAACAAUCAUUUGAAAACCCAACUACUAAAGCCCAGUUGCCCUCUAUUGAACGAAUAACACUAACAAGAGAUUUCUACCUAUUUCCUGGGAACUGAAAACAAACCACAGCAUCACAGCCUUCCAUGAAGAACAGCCUUUACUGAUACAGCACAUGUAUGAACAUUCAGAGACCUCAGAAUUAUCACUGCAAUUCAGGGUUCUUGCUAAUAAAGCUUCUACCAAUUUGCUUACACCCUAGUCUAGUAUUUAUCCUUUUCUGUUUGUAAAUAAAAUAAAAACAAAUAAACUGAGUAUUUAGAGAUUAUUUAAUAGUGAAUAUAACUGAAGAUUCCAUGGUGAAUGAGUGAAGUUAAAUGAAAUAAGAUAAACUCAAUAGAUUUCCUAUUUUCUAGCUCAUAUAACAGGGAGGUAAUAGAGUGACAGUUGCCAAGGACUGAACAAGGAAGAACUCUCUUUUUACCCAUUGCUAUCACAUAAUACCUGGGGUGGGGAACUUAAUUAUUAUUAAAAUGAUGAUGAUGAUGAUG